CCACGUCCUUUCUUCACUUCGUACUCCCGUCACCCCUCUCGCUUCCCUUCUCUGCCCUCUGGCUUGACCCUCACGCACAUACGGAGCACCGACAAACACAACCAUGGGCAACUACGGACGAAUGCACAGACACAAGUACAAUGAAGUCAUGAACCCCAGUGCACGGGCCCGGAAACGUCAGCGUAAAAGGCAGCCGUACCUUGAACUGCAAUACGAAUCACAAACGCCACAACCACGCCCACGAGAAACGCCACCACAUGAAAUAGCAGUAAACGCCAAAGAUCAAGCAGAAGUCGUGAAAGCAUUCGCAACCAACUCUAGAAAAAUAACUGACCCCGUGGAAGCAUUCUUGGGGCGCCUUCGCCAACAGUACCUGCAUCUUCAGAGCCAGCAGCGGUUUCCCCUUCCAACAGACACAGCACUAACAGCGGCAGAGGAUGCAAUGGCGGAUUUGAGGGUGAUAGUGCAGACCGCAGCAGAGAAAUAUAUUUCAGCGAUGGAAGCAGCAAACGAAUACGCGGCAGCGGCACAAGAGGCAACAGCAAUGGCACAAGAAGGUAGUGGAUGUAACUCCAAAGCAGGAGAGCUUGCCGGCGAAGCAGCAUGUGCCACAGGAGAGAAAGCGACAGAGACAGAGAGAUCAGUGGAGGAGGGAGGGCCAAUGGACAAGUCAGAGUCUAGCGUGGAAAACAUACGAGAAAAAAGGAAGGAGGUCAAUAGCGCGUCAAGAGGAACGAAUAUGAAAGAAGCCAGAAAGAAAGCGAAAGCGGCAGCGAAGGCAGCGGAGGCGAUGUGGAAGAGAAUCAUGAUUGAAGCGGCAAAGGUGGAAGCGAUGGGCGAAGUCGCAGUGGCGGAAUUGACAGGACCUUCAUGGCAGAAGCAGCAGGAUCAGCAGGAUCAGCAGGAUCAGCAGGGACUGCAUGGGCCGCAGUAAUAGUUGGAGAGGCUGGAAUGGCCCGAUUGCGAUUAUGGUUAGCAUUAAUGCUCACGUUCUUCUUUCCGCGUGUGGAAAUACAAUAAAGCCCGGUUAAGU